UGUUGUUGCUCAGUAUAGGAUACAUGUGUGUAUAUUUUUUAGAAGUUGUGUGUAAAAAAGGUUAAGAACUCGUUAAAAAUUGCAUCAAUUUCUCCUGUAUGGGACAGUGAAAAGUAGCAAUAUCCUAUCAUGUAUUCCAUAAACAGAACUACUCAUCCUGCGACAGGAGUCGAGCACGCGAUUACAUGCCAUUUUUUUAAUCGUACUGAAAAAUGUCUCGUUGUUGCCGGUGCGAAUGUUAUACGAGUAUUUCGUCUGAUUCCGGACGUUGAUAUCACAAGAAAAGAAAAAUAUACAGAAACACGCCCUCCUAAAAUGAAGUUGGAAUGUUUGGCACAGUAUAUUUUACAUGGAAACAUCAUGUCCAUGCAAUCUGUUUAUCUUCUCGGCUCACAAAGAGAUUCCUUACUCUUGAGCUUUCGGGAUGCAAAACUAUCUGUUGUAGAAUAUGACCAAGAUACUCAUGAUCUGAGAACAGUGUCUUUACAUUAUUUUGAAGAAGAAGAAAUAAAGGAUGGAUGGACAAAUCAUCACCAUAUACCAAUUGUAAGAGUGGAUCCUGAAGGAAGAUGUGCAGCAAUGUUAAUUUAUGGCAGAAAAUUGGUUGUAUUACCUUUUCGCAAAGAUCCUAGUCUUGAUGAUGCUGAUUUGCUUGAUACUGCAAAAUUAACAUCUCACAAAACUCCUAUAUUAUCUUCAUAUAUGAUAGUAUUAAAAACACUAGAAGAAAAAAUGGAUAAUGUGAUAGAUUUACAAUUUUUGCACGGUUAUUAUGAACCUACAUUAUUGAUUUUGUACGAACCAGUGAAAACCUUCUCAGGACGUAUUGCAGUGAGGCAAGAUACUUGUGCAAUGGUUGCUAUAUCCUUAAAUAUUCAGCAAAGAGUUCAUCCUAUUAUUUGGUCUGUAUCUAACUUGCCAUUUGACUGUUAUCAAGUUGUACCAGUGAAGAAACCUUUAGGUGGCACACUGAUUAUGGCAGUCAAUUCACUUAUUUAUUUGAACCAAAGCAUACCUCCUUAUGGAGUAUCACUUAACAGUUUAGCUGACGCAAGUACAAAUUUUCCACUAAAGCCACAGGAAGGAGUAAAAGUUAGUUUAGAAGGGGCACAAGUUGCAUUUAUAUCAUCAGAUCGCUUGGUUAUUUCUUUGAAAAGUGGAGAAUUAUAUGUUUUGUCUCUCUUUGCGGACAGCAUGCGAUCCGUACGUGGAUUUCACUUCGAUAAGGCUGCUGCUAGUGUAUUAACAUCAUGUGUGUGUAUGUGUGAAGACAAUUAUCUGUUUCUUGGCUCUCGUCUUGGUAAUUCAUUAUUAUUACGAUUCACUGAAAAAGAAUUAGAAACUUUAAAGAAUCUGGAUAGCGAUGAAGUGAUUGUUGAAGAGAAUGAGAACGACGAAACUCCAGCCAAGAAGGCGAGAGAAGACUUUCUUGGAGAUUGGAUGGCAUCGGAUGUAUUAGAUAUCAAGGAUCCAGAAGAGUUGGAAGUAUACGGCAGUGAAACUCAUACGUCUAUUCAAAUUACUUCAUAUAUUUUUGAGGUAUGUGACAGUUUAUUAAACAUUGGGCCAUGUGGAAAUAUUUCCAUGGGAGAACCAGCUUUUUUAUCUGAAGAAUUUUUGCACAAUCAAGACCCUGACAUAGAACUUGUAACGACAUCUGGAUAUGGGAAAAACGGAGCACUUUGUGUAUUACAACGAUCCAUACGUCCUCAGGUUGUAACAACAUUUGAGCUGCCUGGUUAUAUAGACAUGUGGACUGUUAUCGGUACAUUAGGUAAAGACGAACAAGUUAAAACAGAAGCAGAAGGAUCUCAUGCUUUCUUAAUAUUGAGUCAAGAAACCUCAACUAUGAUUCUGCAAACUGGUCAAGAAAUAAAUGAAAUAGAUCAAAGUGGAUUCAAUACACAAGGAAGUACGGUAUUUGCUGGUAAUCUUGGCGCCAAUAGAUACAUAGUGCAAGUUACUCAAAUGGGAGUUCGUCUUUUACAAGGCAUUGAACAGAUUCAACAUAUGCCCAUAGAUUGUUCAAUUGUACAAGCAAGUUGUGCCGAUCCAUAUGUAACGUUACUCUCAAAAGAUGGAAGAGUGCUUUUAUUAACACUUAGAGAAGUAAGAGGCACGGCAAGAUUACACGCCCAAGCUGCAAAUUUAUUAUUCCGUCCGCAGAUAGAGGCAUUAUGUGCUUAUAGAGAUGUUAGUGGGAUUUUUACAACACAAUUGUCGGAAACAACAGAUGAUGAACAAAUUGAAGAAGAGCACAACGUAGAAGAACCGGCAGUUUUAAGUAAUAUUGAUAAUGAAGACGAUCUAUUAUAUGGCGAUGCCCCGGCAUUUCAAAUGCCUACACUGUCGUAUCCAAAAGCAUCGGAUACUACUGCGAAAAAAGCGCCCUGGUGGCAAAGACAUCUGCAAGAAAUCAAGCCCACAUAUUGGUUAUUUGUAUACAGAGAUAGUGGGACGUUAGAAAUUUAUUCUUUACCCGAUUUGCGACUUUCUUAUCUUAUUCGUAACUUCGGCUACGGUCAAUAUGUACUGCACGACAGCAUGGAAUCAACAACUUUGCAACCAGCACCUGUUAAUGAAAUUCCCAAUCCCGAAAUGCAGGUUCGUGAGAUUCUAGCGGUUGCUUUAGGACACCAUGGAAACAGACCGAUGCUUUUGGUUCGUCUCGAUUCGGAGUUGCAAAUUUAUCAAGCUUACAGAUAUCCGAAAGGACAUCUAAAAUUAAGAUUUAAGAAAUUGGAUCAUGGAAUAAUCUUUGGACAUCUCAGAUCAAAGUUUAAGGAAGAAGAUAUGUCAACUACAAAUGAUAUUCGUAUCAGCAUGAUGCGUUACUUCAGUAACAUUGCCGGAUACAAUGGAGUAUUCAUCUGCAGUGAUUAUCCGCAUUGGAUAUUUUUAACUGGACGCGGUGAAUUACGUAUCCAUCCAAUGGGCAUUGACGGAUCUAUCACAUCCUUUGCUGCUUUUAACAAUAUCAAUUGCCCACAAGGUUUCUUAUAUUUUAAUAAAAAGGAAGAGCUACGGAUAUGUAUUUUACCAACUCAUUUAUCAUAUGAUGCUCCUUGGCCGGUGAGGAAAGUUCCUUUGCGAUUUACUCCACAUUUUGUUACGUAUCAUCUUGAAAGCAAGACGUAUUGUGUCAUAACGAGCAUGUCUGAACCUCUCAAAAGUUACUACAGAUUUAACGGAGAAGAUAAGGAAUUUACAGAAGAGGAGCGUCCAGAUAGAUUUCUUUAUCCUUCUCAAGAACAAUUUUCUAUUGUAUUAUUUUCUCCAGUUUCAUGGGAAGCUAUACCCAAUACAAAAAUCGAAUUAGAUCAGUGGGAACAUGUUACUUGUUUGAAAAAUGUGUCUUUAGCUUAUGAAGGAACAAGAUCUGGACUGAAAGGUUAUAUAGUCUUGGGAACGAAUUAUAAUUAUGGCGAAGAUAUUACAAGCAGAGGACGAAUACUUAUAUUUGACAUAAUCGAAGUGGUACCUGAACCUGGUCAACCGUUAACUAAAAAUAGGUUUAAGCAGAUUUAUGCGAAAGAACAAAAAGGGCCUAUAACUGCUAUCACACAAGUAUCAGGAUUUUUAGUGUCAGCUGUUGGCCAAAAAAUUUACAUUUGGCAGUUAAAGGAUAACGAUCUUGUUGGAGUUGCUUUCAUCGAUACACAGAUCUAUAUUCAUCAAAUGCUCAGUAUCAAAAGUCUUAUUUUAAUAGCUGACGUUUAUAAAUCCAUUAGUUUACUGAGAUUCCAAGAAGAAUACAGGACACUCUCUCUUGUUAGUAGAGACUUCAGGCCAGCGGAAGUGUACACAAUAGAAUAUUUAAUUGAUAAUACGAAUUUAGGAUUUCUUGUGGCUGACGGAGAAAGCAAUUUAGCUUUAUUUAUGUAUCAACCGGAAUCCAGAGAAAGCCUAGGAGGACAAAAAUUAAUCAGAAAAGCGGACUUUCAUUUAGGACAAAAAAUAAAUACCUUUUUUCGAAUUAGGUGUAGAACUACUGAUCCUGCAAAUGAUAAGAAGCAUUUUUCUGGCGCUGACAAAAGACACAUUACUAUGUAUGCAUCAUUGGACGGUGGGCUUGGUUAUAUUUUACCAGUACCCGAAAAAACAUAUCGAAGACUACUCAUGUUACAAAACGUGUUGGUCACACAUAUUUGUCACAUUGCUGGUUUGAAUCCAAAGGCAUAUCGCACAUAUAAAAGCUACGUACGAAAUCAAGGAAAUCCAGCAAGAGGUAUUAUAGACGGCGAUUUAGUGUGGCGUUAUCUGUUUUUACCCAAUAAUGAAAAGACAGAAAUCGCCAAGAAAAUUGGAACACGCGUUGAAGAGAUUAUUGAAGAUAUCACUGAGAUCGAUCGGCAAACAGCACAUUUUUAAUUCAACUGCUAAUAUAUUUAUUGUUUCAACUUUUCCUAUUGUAUACUGUUCUUACUGGCAUAUAGUCGAUGAACAUAAAUGCUCUAGCAUACAAAAGUUGCGUCAACUAAUGCUUUUUCAUUCAUUUUUCUUUAUUUGAUACACUAUUGGUGUAAACUUCACAUUGGUUGCUAAACUGUGUUUUUUAAUUAUUUAUAAAAAUGGCAAAAAAAGUGUCAAAGUAUUACAAAAAUGGCGGCCACUACUUAGA